UACACGUGAACUCUCCUGCGCGUCCACGAGAGCGACCCCGACCAAGUUUCUGCGAGGCAGUUUAGAAAAGUUGUGGAGGAAGAAAAAAAAAUCCCGACUUCAGCAACAAGUUCCGAAACUCCGCCGACUCACAGCGAAGUCCUCGAGUCCUCGAGCGGACGGCCGUCAUGGACGACUUGGAUGCGUUGCUGGCAGACCUGGAGUCGACCACGUCCCACAUCUCUAAGCGUCCGGUGUUCUUGUCCGACGAGACCCCCUACUCCAUCCCCACCUGCGGACAUCCGUACCAGGAGGUUUCUGGUCCGCCGCCGGUUCCUCCACCUCCUUCGACGGAGGCUUUUAAUGGUUCCCUGACGGACCGGGCGGACCCUGACCACUCGUCCCAUCAGUCUCUAGGCUCGGCCCAGAAGAGCUCGUGGUCCAGGGACAGCAGCGGUUCUCCGUUGUUCCAGUUCGAGGAGGACCACGUCUACAGUUUCCCAAACAAACAGAAGUCAUCUGACUCCUCUGCAGCUGCGACCUCCGCCCUGGGCUCCAACCUCUCCGAGCUGGACCGGCUGCUCCUGGAACUCAAUGCGGUGCAGCAGAGCUCGCCGUCGUUCCCCACCACAGAGGAGGCGGCCCCGCCCAUACCUUCCUGCAGCGUCACUCACUACGAGAACGGCGGCCCCCCAGAAAUAAUGGUGAGCCCCCCUCCCCAGGAGAAGCCCAGGAGGAACGAGGCGAGGACGAUGGAGAGUCUGCUGGACGAGCUGGAGGGAACGGUGCCGUCACCCAGCCCUUCUUCAGGCCACAGUGAUCUGGACUCAGCGUCUCAACAACAGGCCAGGAUCUCAGCCUCCUGUGCCACCAGAGAACUGGAUGAGCUCAUGGCGUCUUUGUCAGAUUUCAAGCCCAAGUCUGUGGGCUCUCUGCUGGGCCCAGCAGGAGUUUCUACUCAUCCCUCCGUCUCUCCUUCCAUCACCCCUUCAGCCUCACCCUUUCUCCCUCCCACCGCCGCCUGUGCCUCCCCCCUCUUCUCUCUCCCUGCUGGUUUAGAAUUACACAUUAAUGAAGACGGAGGAGGACAGGGCAGCACGUUCGUGUCCCACCUCCACCCUCUCUGCACCCACAGUCCCGUAUCCUCCCUGUCUGCAGCCAGCGACCUGGACCUGGACUCGUCCUUGGACGCCUCCGCCAACAUGUUGUCCUACGAAACCAAGUCCCUGCUGGUGCUAUCUCAUUCGGCAUCGUCCAACUCCAACCUGAUGUCAAACAGUCCCAGUUCCUCCUCCACCACCACCACCCCGUCCCUCACCUCGGUGAACACCGUCCUCGACCGCAAGUUUUCAAAGGGCUCCAGUCCCUCCGUGGAGCGCGUCUCACCCUCAAACACCGUCUGUCUUCCUGAGACCUUUGGCGGGGGGUCCGCUUCAUUCAACGACCUUGAUUUGAACUCCUCCGUCCCUCCUCCGUGGACUAACUUUACUCCUCCUGUCUCAGGUGCGGAGACUCUGUCUGUUUCUCCACCUUCUGGACACAACUCCUCCAAAGGCCCCUCUCUCUCCCCCUCUCCUCCCUCUGCCUCUCCUUUGAAAGUCUCGUCCCCACUGACCUUCACCAGUCCCUCCGCCCUGCAGCAGCCUCCCACGGCGACACCGCCCUCCUUGGACGAGGCCCUGGACAAGCUGCUGGAGAUGAGUCUUUCCCAGAAUCACUCCACGGCGCACGUGCACAAGCAGCAGCUGAAGAUGCGGAGUCAAAGUCCGGGUCAGGGGAAACAGGAAGUGCAGGAGGAACUUAUCCUGCCGAUGGACAGUAACCUGGCACAGCCCUACACCUUCACCAGUGCUACCAACACCAUCACGGACGAGUCCGUGGACGGAGGCACCGACGCGAACGGGGAUCUGGACUGGGCCGACGAGGAGCUGUCCAUGUCUCUCCAUGACGGCCUGGACGGCACCAUGUCUCCUUACACGGAGAGGCCGUACACCGACGGCAGCAUGACCCCGCUGACGGAGGCCAGCUGGAUGGACAUGGAGUCUAUGACCCCGUCUACGUGUCCCGGGACCCCCGACAUGAACCUGGACCUCCCUAUGAUGCACACUCCAAAUGUAGACCAGGUUUCCGCUUCAGGACACAUCAAGUCAGUGAUCAGAAGAACCAAGGAGCUCCCCAACGUUCACCCCAUGUUACGAGACGGCCUCCUGCGCAGGAAGAUGGGCCCCAUCAUUGUCAACAAGAGCACGUCCCAAGACCGCCUGAUAGAGGAGCUCCAGGGGAAGCUGGGCAUCGGCCGCUCGGAGCGGCGGCGCAAACAGUCUGACGACUGGCUGACGGAGGGUGUCAUUGUUACGUCCCGACCCCAUCGCCUCCACCCUGAUGAAGGCCACAGCGAGGUCGAGAAGGUCAAACCCCACCCUCAGAUUUCUGUCCCUUUAAGGAAGGUUCUUCCACCUCCUUCUCCCCCCGCCCCACGCUGCCCCCCUGUAGUAGAGGAACCCAAGCAGCCACCGGUUGUACAGAAACCACUUAUCCCCACACCGCCACCUCUUCCUCCACCCCCCUCCUCUCCACCGCAACGCCCGCACUACCAUGGACCCGUUUCUGCACCACCUUGGCAGGUUGUUAAAGUUCCUCACUCGUCCCCGCCCCCCAUUCAGGAACCACCUGCCCCCAAGGCAAAGUCCCUUCCUCCUGUCCUCAAAACUAAAACAUGGCCUCCACCGGUGGAGCCAGCUGCGCCACCUCCAGCUCCGCCCAAGGUGCUGGUGUCAGUGGGCUGUCAGACAGAGUACGACCCGGUCUUCCCUCCGAUGCAGAUAAUGGCUCAAGGUAAGGUUGGUGUUCCUGGGGGGCCGCCGACACAGGUCAACAAACUGGACAACAUGCUGGGCAGCCUUCAGUCGGACCUGAACAAACUGGGUGUCCAGACGGUGGCCAAAGGAGUGUGCGGCGCCUGCUGUAAGCCCAUCGUAGGACAGGUGGUGACGGCCAUGGGCCGCACGUGGCACCCGGAGCACUUUGUGUGCACGCACUGUCAGGAGGAGAUCGGUUCUAGGAACUUCUUUGAGCGGGACGGAGAACCUUACUGUGAGACAGAUUACCACCAUCUGUUCUCCCCUCGGUGCUACUACUGCAAUGGACCCAUACUGGACAAAGUUGUGACAGCGCUGGACAGGACCUGGCACCCGGAACACUUCUUCUGCGCCCAGUGUGGAUCCUUCUUUGGUUCCGAAGGUUUUCACGAGAAGGACGGAAAGGCCUACUGCCGGAAGGACUACUUCGACAUGUUCGCGCCGAAAUGUGGAGGCUGUGCCAGGGCCAUCCUGGAGAACUACAUCUCAGCGCUGAACUGCCUCUGGCAUCCGGAGUGUUUUGUCUGCAGGGAGUGCUUCACCCCCUUCGUCAAUGGAAGUUUCUUCGAGCACGAUGGCCAGCCCUACUGUGAAAUGCACUACCACGAGCGGCGCGGCUCCCUGUGCUCCGGCUGUCAGAAGCCCAUCACGGGCCGCUGCAUCACAGCCAUGGCCAGGAAGUUCCACCCGGAACACUUCGUCUGCGCCUUCUGCCUGAAGCAGCUGAACAAAGGAACCUUCAAGGAGCAGAACGACAAGCCCUACUGCCACGGCUGCUUCCUCAAGCUCUUCAGUUAGAUCUGCACAAACCCCAGGGGCGGGGGGCGCAGGGUGGUCCUUUUAGUGAAGCCGACACUGGUGUGUAGAAAGGAAAGAGAACGUAGGCGACUGUGAGUGACAUGGUCAGAGAUUUGUCUUCAGGCUGUAGCAGGUUGUUGUUGUUGUUCUUGUUGUUGUUGUUCUUGUUGUUGUCAGUGAGAUGAACAUUGGAUAAAAACAGGCUUAUGGUUCAGUCUGUUUGUUUGUUUCCAAAUCUUUAUAUAUUGUUUGUUUUUUUUUUCCCGUGGGUGAAAUGUGACUGAACACUGUAGGGAUCCACGACCUAACUCUGUCGUUGACGUUGUUGCUCACUGGUUGAGUGUGUCCUGUUGGCUGUGAGAUGGAAGCAGUGACGUGAAGCAGGGAACAUGUUGUUUUAGCCUCACAGUAGAAACAUUUUUACUGUUUGUGAAAACUUAAAAAAAAAAAAAACCUCCGACAUUAUUUUUCUUGUGAAGUCAGCGGACGGGUAAAAAAUUGUUUAGCAACUGAAUUAUUCAGCAACAGUUUGAGACCAGUCGUCAACUUAAAAAAAAAAAAAAAUCAAAGACAGCAAAAGUAAUGGACUGAUGCUAAAAACAAAUUAAGUAAGGUCAUCAGGUCAUUGAUUUUGAAGCUGAAGGCUGAGCUACUGUCUCCUCCGUGACCUUUGACCUUCCUAAAGACAUUUUACAAGGACCGCAAGUUAGAACUUUCUGGUAGGAAAAACACAGCAGGAAACUGUGUUGUCAAUACUUAGAAUAUUUGCAGAACUUUCAGGAGUUUAGCAACUCACAACUCUUUCGCAACUCUUCCCAGAAUUUCAGGAAACCUGACCGGAAGGCUAGAAGGAUUUUUUUUUAACAAUGUCAGGAAAAUAUCCGGAAUCAAGGACAUAUUUGAAAGAAAUGGUCGCAUACGGUGUUUUCUUCUCUGAGCUGCUACUACAUUGGUAUUUACGUACAGACGUGGGCCGGAUGUGUGGAUUAGAGAAGUCGUUUCUAAGUAGUUUCAGGUGUUGAAACAGAACGUGGGAAGAACUUCUUCCACAGAUAGUGGUUCUCUAGUGUCCCUGUAUAGAAAGGAACUCGUAUUCUGAGUUGAGAAAUCCCUGGCUUUGAUUGUGCGCCCGAAGUGGCCCGGGGGCCGGGAGUUUGUCCCGACAGGUUAACGCUGACUGACCUUCUCGUUAACAUGACUGGAGAAACAUGUUGUCCUCACAGGUGAGAACCAUGUGACCUUACUGCCUGGUCCUGACUGGAAAAAAGUUUUAAAUAACCACUCAUUUACACGAAGGGGGCGGAGCUUAGAGGCUGGUGCGGGUAGGGUCUGGAGCCAGUGACUGACGAUGAAGUUCAGGGAACUGUUACAGAGCCUUUAGUCUCCUGUCACUGUUUUACCAAAGUCAAACGUCAACUGUUUUUGUCUGUUCAUAUUUCACGUUGCCUUUUUUUUUCUUUUCAUCGCAGUAAUGACGAACACUGAUCUCCUUCAACUCUGGACUGAUUUACAAAUGAAUAAACUGUUUCGCUAUCAAA